AUGAAACAUCACCAGCCACAAAACAAAAAAUUGUGAAUAAAAAGGGAAAUACCAAUCGGAAAUCCUAUAAAAAUCGAUAUGGGAAGAACACAAAUGAGAGUGAAGAUUUAGUUUUUAUUUUUGUUGGUAUGUUUGACUCUUUAUUUCAAAAAUGAAGUGUUUGUGUGUGUCAAAUUCAGCAUUAUUAUCCUAUAGUUAUGGAAGGAAGAAGAAUGCAUUUCCACAGAGCUUAUUCAAUUGGGAUUUUGGUAGAAGCAAAAAAGAAGAGCCCAACUAUUAUGAAGAUAUUGACCUCCCAUUUUCACCUUCUCUUGUUUCCAAAACAUUCUUGAAAGGUAGGGAACUGAAAUGUUGCUACAAGGCAAAAACGGAUGGAUUCAGCGCCACAGACUUCCAUGUCAAAUGCGACUUUAAAGGGCCAUGCGUCAUCAUUGGCUACACAACUAGCGACUUUAAAUUUGGCGCUUUUAACCCUGAGGGCUACCGGAGCACUGACGAUUACUAUGACUCAUUUGAUGCAUUCCUCUUUUACUGGCCCGACGACGGGGCCAGGGAUGACCCCGUCGUCCUGCCGAAGGUCGGGGGCAGCGGCGCGGCCCUCUUCGACUACGCCCGCGGCGGCCCCCAGUUCGGCGCCGACGGGCUGCUGAUAGGGCCGCCGCUGGCCCCCGUGAUGGGCGGGUUCGCAGGGCCCGAUACGAACUCGGGCGUCGGUGAUCUGAGGCAGGCGAGGUCGAGGCUGGGGCUGUCGUAUGCGAAGAGGGCCGAUGGGAAGGAGUCUUUGUUUGGAGAUGAGAGUAGAGUCACUCUUGAUCAAGUGUUGGUGUUUUGUAGCCCUCAAAUUGCUAGCUUGUAUUAGCAUCUAUUGAAUGAAAUUCAUAUAAUUAAACACCAAAAAAAGGAAAUUAUGUCACAA